AUGGAGAAUUAUGACAAUGAAGAAAUAAAUGAAUUUGGUCAAGAACGAAAUGAAUCUGAUAAUGAAGAAAUGAAUUUUGAAAAAUAUGAUAAACAUAGUGUUAAACCAACAAAAGAACAAUUAGAACAGGAUUCGCUUAUAUUUAAUCAAACAUUGAAUUCAUUAGGUUCAAUCUCAACCAAAACAACAUCAAAUAAUAAUAAUAAUAAUAAUAAUAAUAAUAAUAAUAAUAAUAAUAAUAAUAAUAAUAAUAAUAAUAAUAUUACUACUACUACUAAUACAUCAGAUAUAAUAUAUAAUGAUGAAGAUAAUACAACGACAAGAGAGAUUAAUUCAGCAAUUUCAAUUACAACUAUAAAUAAAACAAAGCAGCCAUUUGAUGAUAUUUCAGAUGAUGAUGAUGAGUAUAUAAAGAAUAAAAAAAAUGAGAUUGAAAAUAUUAAACCACAUUUUAGUUCGGAUGAUGAAAUGAUUAAAUUCAACAUAUCAGAUUUAAAAGUAUUCAUAGAGAAAUUAGAACAAUCCAAUAUAGAUUUGGCAUUGGAAUAUCAAGAUGAUCCUGAUCCAAUAUAUUUAGAAUCAAUAAAAGAAAAUAUUGAUGUAAUUGAUAAAAAGAAAAAGUAA